UUAGCUUCGCUUCUCAAUGUCAAGGGUCACAAAAUCUAUCCCACAAUUCUACCUGAUUUCCAAGAUGGCGCUGUUCAUGAACGUUACAAAAUGUGCGACAAGUCUUAUUCAUCGUCAAGUUCGUCAGUUGGCAACGUUACAACGAACUCAGCCUUUUGUUCGAAGUGCUACCUGUACUUGUAAAUCUAAUUUAAACUCUUUCUGUGUGGAGUCGAGAAGGAGAAGACGGUUUUUCCAUUCACAAAGUGGUCCCCUCAGGCAUGGCGAUUAUGAAUAUAAAGACCCGAAAUCCCCCGAUGAAAUAGUAAACAUAACAUAUGUGGACAGAAGUGGUGAAAGAAUCCCCAUACAAGGCAAAGUGGGAGACAACGUUAUGUACCUAGCCCACAGAUAUGACAUAGAAAUCGAAGGUGCGUGUGAAGCGUCGCUGGCGUGCUGCACAUGUCAUGUGAUCCUACCAGACGAGUAUUACAAUAAACUCCCCGAGAUUGAAGAAGAGGAAGAAGACAUGUUGGAUCUUGCACCAUUUUUAACUGCAACGUCAAGACUAAGUUGUCAGAUCAUCCUGACAAAAGAACUAGAAGGAAUGGAGGUGAGCCUUCCGCAAGCGACCAGGAAUUUCUACGUCGAUGGCCAUGUGCCCCAGCCUCACUGAUGAUUAUAGGUCCCAUGAAAUGUCACUGACAAUUAAGGGAACAUCUCGGAACUAAGAAUGUUUUCGUACAUCUUAGAAUACUCCACUUGGAACAUUGCUUCUUCUCUGUGAGAAUGAGUGAUGUUUAAAGCCGCCCUCAGGUCGACCUGUAAUUUGCUUGUGCCACGAUGGAACCGUCGACAUCAAGCAGAAAAGUAUUGCUCACGUCACAAAACUGAGAAAUCAUGUAAUUCUCGUGGAACAAGCGGCACCUCCACGCAAAAUAAUCGCAACUAAGCUUAUGUCAUCCACGACGCGACGAUCGCACGGCAUACACAGUCAGGUGACUUCUUUAACAAUAGUGGGAAAAGCGUGUUGAUUACAAUCAAAUGACAUCCCACGGCCACACCUGUUAGUUCAGCCGUUUUUGUCGCGCGCUGAUUGGCUACAAGACUACAAUUGAUUCCCGCCUGUUUGGGAACACGUAGCAGAAGUUGAAAUUUUUCUACUCUUUUCUACUCUACUGUUGAUUUUUUUUUUUAGCGCCGACUGAUGCCGAUCGUCGUAAUAUUGCCACAGUUUCACUCAGGUCGCUAAAAAUAGGCGACUACAAUCCUGGCCAAAUUUCGCUGGGCCCCCAACACCCCGGCCCCCACUCAAUCUUGUCUCUCAUUGCACUGUGUGGUACAUCAGCUGGAGAGAACAACAUUGACCGGGGGAGCAGGGGAGUGGGUGACCGUGGCAGGUUCAGGAAGUGUCCCAACCUUUUUGGCCGGGAUUGUAGUUUGUUCCCAAUAGUCGUGGCUCAGGCGCAGCUUGAUCCUGAAAAGUCCGUUGCCGACUGAUCUGUGCCAUCGCAAGGUCGACCUGAGGACAGCUUAAAGCUUGUUUCCCAUAACCCAUUUUAAAAAACACACAGUGAUGGGUUGGUUUGGGCUUAGGGUGGUACACUGAGCAACAGGCAGGACCGUUAGAGAAAGUGCAGGGACUAACAGGUUAGGGAAACAACUGGUCAUGAAGGAGAUAAGGGAGUGUUAAUCGUUGAGUAGACAGAAAUUUCUCAGCAUUUUCCAGUUGUUGAGAAGACAAGUGUUGAAGACGCCACAAUGGAAUGGACUGGACUCUUGGUGUUUUCUUGACUCUUGGUGUUUUCUUGACCCUUGGUGUUUUCUAUAAUCCUGUAAGAUUAUUUGUAAUGACCUUAAACAGACCUGUAGAAUUAUUUUAAAAACAUUUUCAAGAAGUAAAAGAUGGGGCUGAAACAUUUUAAAGUAAUUUCAUCCAUCUGACAUGUUGUUUGCAAGAAAAUAAGUUCUCGUCAAAAUUAAAGUUCUUGAACCAGAUAUUACAAGGGAGGGGUGUUAGAGCAGUCUUAAUACUCCUCCGCACAACAUAUUUUUUUAGUGUGAAAUUCGUUGCAUUGGCCCUUGAGAUGGUAAUGUAGAUUUCCUUGCAGUAUUUUUUCAUCUUGUUCAGGACUUGGUGCUGUUAUGUGCUGUACAGGGUCUAUGACUUGUUACUGAACAAUUUCAAAACUGUCGUCUUCACAAGCGAGGAUUUUUUCUUAAAAAUGCUGGACAACUAUUUUGUUCACCCUCCGUGCAAUGGUCAUUGGAUUUGAUUAGCUAAUUGUGGACAUUGAAGAAAAUUCAGUAAAAUUGAGUACUGUUGUUGCCCUUUUGUGUUGUACAACAAAAUGGACGACCAUAAAACUCAUAGUCUUGAGCAGCAAAAGACAGAAAUUAUGAUCCAGUGUGCUUUGGUAGAUAUCUGGAAAGCUUUGUUUGAAACCACACUUGUGUUUGAAAUUAUACAGAUUGGGAAUGGUUUACAGCAAUGGCUAAAUAUCUUUAAUUAAUUAUAAACUUGAAAUUGGCUGAAAAUGACUGCUUUCUCAUUAGCAACUAGUAAUAACCAAAGAAACAUUAAAUACAUAUCAUACAUAUAAAUUAAUAAUGGUUAUUAACGUCUCCUUAACCCAAGCGCACAAAAUGUUUGUAGAAAAAAAUAAAGCAUUGAAACAUUGCAAAUAA